GCUGAAACAGUCAGUCACUCGCAGUGAAAAGAGCUUUCUUAGCUCGUGUGUAUUGUUGUUUCGCAGCUGAUUGGGGAAAUGAAAAAAGAGCGAGAAUAAGAACAAUAAUAAAAGCUGCAGAAGAAUAAGUCAUAAAAGGAGGCAGGCUGUUUUGCAUUUGAAAUCGACGUUCUGUUGAAAAAAAUACAGAAGAAAGAAAGUGUUGUUCUCCACUCGUGCAUGUUCAAAUCGGAGGAGUAUAUUAGAGCCACCAGGCGACAUUAGUUGUUAGUUUCUAAGCAGGCUGCGAAGAGCAGAAAGGAGAGGCAUGAUUUUGAGACGGAGUUCGUUCCUUGCGGCUUUUCCUUUACAUGUCGCUUUGCUCUGCUUUCACGCAAAGGUGUCUGUAUCAUCAGGACACUUCGAGUUGCAAAUUUUGUCGAUGCAGAACGUCAAUGGCCAGUUACAGACCGGCGUAUGCUGUGACGGAUCACGGAACGUGGGAGACCAAAAGUGUUUGCGGGGCGAGUGUGAUACCUAUUUCAAAGUGUGCUUGAAGGAAUACCAGUCGAGGGUUUCUGCAGCGGGGCCUUGCAGCUUCGGUUCGGGAUCUACCCCUGUCAUCGGAGGCAACACCUUCUCCUUAAAAAAUUCCAUGAUUAACGAAAAAGCCAGGAUUGUACUACCUUUCAGCUUCGCGUGGCCGAGGUCCUACACUCUAAUAGUGGAAGCUUUGGAUUUCAGUAAUGAAACUAACGUCAGCAACAACAAUGCUGGAUCAAAGAUAAUUGAGAAGGCUGUACAUUCUGGGAUGAUCAACCCAAAUCAUCCUUGGCAGCCUCUGAGGCAUGAUGGUACUAAUGCCCAAUUUGAAUAUCAGAUACGUGUUACCUGUGAUGAACAUUACUAUGGAUUUGGUUGCAACAAAUUUUGCCGACCUAGGGAUGACUUUUUUGGACACUACAAUUGUGAUCAUAAUGGAAAUAAAACCUGUCUGGAGGGUUGGUCUGGACCUGACUGUAAUACAGCUAUCUGCCGUCAGGGCUGCAGCAGUGAACAUGGGAGCUGUAAAUUUCCUGGAGAGUGCAGGUGCCUUUAUGGAUGGCAGGGACAGUACUGUGAUAAAUGCAUUCCCCACCCGGGAUGUGUCCAUGGAACUUGCAUUGAACCUUGGCAGUGCCUCUGUGAAACCAACUGGGGAGGUCAACUUUGUGACAAAGAUUUAAACUAUUGUGGGACUCAUCAGCCUUGCCUGAAUGGAGGUACCUGCAGUAACACUGGACCAGACAAAUACCAGUGCUCUUGCCCUGAUGGCUAUUCGGGAGUCAACUGUGAAAAAGCUGAACAUGCUUGUCUCUCGGAUCCCUGUCUCAAUGGUGGUAGCUGUGUGGAAACAAGCUCUGGCUAUGAGUGUCAGUGUGCUGCUGGCUGGAAAGGCCCAACUUGUAUGAUAAAUAUUGAUGACUGUGAGAGUAAUCCUUGUGGCCAUGGUGGUACCUGUCAGGACGCAGUGAAUGGAUUUAACUGCAUUUGUCCUCCGCAAUGGACUGGAAAAACGUGCUUCAUAGAUGCCAAUGAAUGUGAAGGCAAGCCAUGUGUUAAUGCCAAUUCCUGCCGUAAUCUGAUUGGUGCAUACUUUUGUGACUGUUUUCCUGGAUGGGAAGGCCAAAACUGUGACAUUAAUAUUGAUGACUGUCAUGGGCAGUGUCAGAAUGGAGGAUCCUGCAAGGAUUUAGUAAAUGGUUAUCGUUGUGUCUGUCCACCUGGAUAUGCUGGAGAACAUUGUGAGAAAGACAUCAAUGAAUGUGCAAGCAACCCAUGCCUAAAUGGGGGAAGCUGCCUGGAUGAAGUUAAUGGAUUCCAGUGUUUGUGUCCAGGUGGUUUCUCUGGAAACCUCUGUCAGCUUGAUAUAGACUACUGUGAACCAAAUCCUUGUCAGAACAGAGCACAAUGCUUUAACCUUGCAAGUGAUUAUUUCUGUGGGUGUACUGAAGACUAUGAGGGAAAGAACUGUUCUCGCCUCAAAGACCACUGUCGUUCCACAACUUGUGAAGUGAUAGACAGUUGUACAGUUGCGGUGGCUUCUAAUAGCACUCCUGAAGGUGUUCGGUACAUCUCCUCCAAUGUCUGUGGUCCUCAUGGAAAAUGCAAGAGCCAAGCAGGAGGCAAAUUUACCUGUGAAUGUAAAGAAGGCUUCACUGGAACUUACUGUCAUGAAAAUAUUAAUGAUUGUGCAAGUAGCCCUUGCAGAAAUGGUGGAACUUGUAUUGACAAAGUGAAUAUUUACCAGUGCAUCUGCAGUGAUGGCUGGGAAGGGAUUCACUGUGAAACUAAUAUCAACGACUGCAAUAUAAAGCCAUGCCACAAUGGAGGCACAUGUCGAGACUUGGUGAAUGAUUUCUACUGUGAAUGCCAGAAUGAGUGGAAGGGAAAAACAUGCCACUCCCGUGAAAGUCAAUGUGAUGAAGCCACAUGUAACAACGGCGGAACAUGCUCUGACGAAGGUGAAACUUUUAAAUGCAUGUGUUCUCCAGGCUGGGAUGGAACUACUUGCAAUAUAGCCAAAAAUAGUAGUUGCCUGCCAAACCCAUGUGAGAAUGGAGGAACCUGUGUUAUCAACGGAGACUCUUUUACCUGUGUUUGUAAAGAAGGCUGGGAAGGUGUUACAUGCACACAAAAUACUAAUGAUUGCAGUCCACACCCCUGCUACAACAGUGGAACAUGUGUGGAUGGAGACAACUGGUAUCGAUGUGAAUGUGCCCCAGGCUUUGCAGGCCCAGACUGUCGUAUAAAUAUCAAUGAAUGUCAGUCAUACCCAUGUGCAUUUGGGGCAACAUGCGUGGAUGAAAUUAAUGGUUAUCGCUGCAUUUGUCCCCCUGGCAGAAAAGGACCCAGAUGUGAGGAAGCUACUGGAAGACCUUGUAUUGUCAACAGUCAGGUCAUACAAGAUGGUAACAGUUGGGAGGAGGACUGUAACACAUGCAUGUGCCUAAAUGGAAAGAUUACAUGUACAAAGGUUGACUGUGGACCCAAAUCAUGUUGGAUACAUGGCAAAGCCCGUGAUGACUGCCCACCGGAUCACAUUUGUAUUCCUAUUAGAGAAGACCAGUGUUUUGUGCCACCUUGUACUGGACUUGGUGAAUGCUGGGAAUCCAAUCAACCACCACAUAGACUGAAAUGUUCUCCUGGUUCAAGUUUUCAAGAUGAAAGUUGUGCUAACAUUACUUUCACCUUUAAUAAGGAGAUGAUGCAUCCAGGCCUUAGCACUGGACAUAUCUGUAAAGAGCUACGCAGUCUCUAUGUUAUGAGAAACCUUUCAUUGGAGUAUUCAGUCUAUAUGAUAUGCGAACCUUCAACUACAGCCAAUAACGAAAUCCAUGUGGUCAUUUCUGCAGAAGAUCAAAGGCAGGGCAGAAACCCUAUCAAGGACAUCACUGACAAAAUUAUUGAUCUCUUCAGUAAACGCGAUGGAAACAGCAGCAUCAUUUCAGCCAUAGCAGAAGUCCGGGUACAGCAACGUCAGCUUCAGUCUAAGACAGAUUACCUGGUGCCCUUGCUGAGUUCUAUUUUUAUUGUCAUUUGGAUCUUUGCUUUGAUCACUGCUUUCUUGUGGUGUAUGCGCAGACGGCGAAAGCAAAGCACUCACACGCAUACACCGGUCGAGGAUACCACUACCAACAACGUUCGCGAACAACUCAAACAGAUCAAAAAUCCCAUAGAGAAACAUACUGAUUAUGAAAAUAAAAACUGUAUAAUUGCAAAAAUUAGGACACACAACUCUGAAGUAGAAGAAGACGAUGUGGACAAGCAUCUGCAGAAGACUAGGUUUACCAAACAGCCAGUUUACACACUGGUUGACAGAGAAGACAAAUCUGCACACCACACCAACGAAAAACCCAAACUGGACAAACAAACAAGACAACAGAGACUUGGAAACCGCACAGAGCUUAAAUCGAUUGGAAUAUAUUGUAUAGCAGACAGAAGAGCUGCCAUGCAUCGCCAGUCACGGUUAGUGAUGGCUUCAGCUUCGUAGUUCUUAAACUGUUGUGUAAUAUCAAUCUAAGGGUGUUAUUCGCGUAGAGAAUCCCUGUGUUUAGUUUAAGUUUUGACAAGCUGGCUUACACUGGCAAAGGUAGUUGUUGUGGUUGGCAAGAAUACAGAGGGCUGCAUUUCAUGUCUACAUAAAGUUAGUUACAAGAACCAUUGCAUAAAGCCCACCUGAAGAUUUUUAUCAAGAAAACAAGUUUUAAAUUGAUCUGUCAAUACUGGUGGAGUAAGAGAAGUGCAGGUGUGUGUGCUAAAGAGUGUGAGUGAGCGAGUGUGUGUGUGUGUGUGUGUGUGCUUUUGUUGUUAAAUUAUGCAUAAACAAGUAGUUCUGUUUUUGAAAGUGCCUUUGCAGCUUCAAACCACAGCAACAAUCAAAAAGGUUAUUUAUUAUUUUUUUAUUUUCGUUGCGAGAGGGUCAAAAUGUCAGCAGUUGCUGUCAAAAUGAAGAAUUUAGAACUGUGUAUAGAUAUGUAAAUAUUUCUUUUUUUUUUAAUUAAUCACUGUGUAUAUUUGAUUUAUUAACUUAAUAAUCAAGAGCCUUAAUGUAUCAUUCCUUUUUUAUUUAUAUGUAUUGUUUAGAUUUGAAGGUUUUGAUAGCUUUGUAAGCUUAUGGCUUCUUUAUUUUUGAUGUAAAUUUUGUUUCAUGUUUCCUUAAUGCCAAAAUUUGAAGUGUUCUAGGAAAAUAGUUUAUUUUUUAACAAUACUGUGGGCAAUAUUGUCUACAUUUUUGUACAAUGUCAAGAUGUUUGAAACAUUUUCUAUAGUAUUUUGGGGGAUGGCAGGAUGUUUUGUAAGUGCAUAAAGCACAGGAGAAAACAAAUUAUAUUCUGGCUGGGGGUUUAGGAAGAAUCAAUUAAAAAAGAAAUGGCCUUUACCAAUUUUUUUUUUAUUUUUUAAAGAAAACAUUAGGUUAACAUUCACAUGUGAUUGUGAUAGAUCAAUAUUUGGAAAACAAAACUAAGCAGGGCAGUUUGGCACAGAACGCGUGCCCCCUUCCCCAAUCUUAAAAAGGGUUUGUUCCUUGACUGGUCACAGUUACCUGCAUCGACCAGACACAUUCAUUUGCUAAACUCCACACUGAAUACUUGAACAGAGGACCGCCGUCUGGCAGGCAGGCAGUCUGGGUGGGUUUCCCAGAAGUCACACUGCCUGCUUUUUGAACAAUUUGUACUUAUGCAAUGCAAAUUUAGCUUUUUUCUUUUUUAAAAAAGGCUCUGAAGACAACAUGUUAAUCUCAUUUGUUCACCCCUGAGAUAAUGAAAAUAUUCUGUAUUUUGACUUUAGUGUUUAAAAAAAAAAAAAAAAAAAAAAAAAAUUAAGAAUGAAUCUUUUUGAGGUUUGUUCCUGACAAUACAUUUUUGAAAAUAAUAUUUAUUAAAUAUUUUGUAUGAAAAGAGUGUAUGUGUUUUGUUUGUUAAUUUUUCAUAUAAAUAUUUAUUCUUUUGAGCAAACAAAUUUAAAGUGAAAUUUGUAAUGUGAAGCUGCAUGAAUUCAGCAGGUCUGGCAGCAUUCUGUAUUGUUCUGACAAUUGUGAAAUUUGUGUGUAUCAACUUAAUAUUCAAAACAUUAACCUGUAAUUAAAAACAACUUGCAUUUUGGA